AUGCAUAUUCUGACUCAUGUUUUUCAACUAUAUCUAUGUGAAUUUUUUGGUAUAUGUACUGACAAAAGCUCUCUUUCUUAGAAGUUUUUGAUAUAAUAAAUGAUAUAUCAAUACUAAUUGCGUAUAAGAUAUUCAGCCAAGCCUUAAAUCUCAUCAUUGUGAUUCAUAAUGUAUCAUCUUGAAUAUCUAUGCAUCAUCACACUGGUGUUGUGCACAUCUAAUGUAGUGUUUUCAAAAUGGACAUAUCCACCUAUCAAUGUUAAUGAGGGACCUAAGAGAAAUCUUCCGGAAAAUCUUGGUCAAGUGGAUUCUAGCAGUUCCUCCGUGAGUACAUAUGGACUUACUGGGGCUGGAGUGACCUCGGGGAAAUUUGACAUGAUUUCAAGUACAGGAAUGAUCAGGCAACUAAUGGAGUUGGACAGAGAAACUCAAAACAACUACACUUUGACUCUAAGUGCUUACGAUUCGUUGGGAAACAGUGUCGAAGAUCCUUUGGAAAUACAUAUUGUCGUUUUGGAUAUAAACGAUAAUGUUCCGCUAUUUAAGGAGUCUUCUUUAAUUGGAUCAGUACCAGAAAGCAACGAUGUGUCGUCUGGCAGCUUUAUGACUGUACAAGCAACUGAUGCUGAUGAAAAAGUGAAAACAUUCAAUGCUGAGGUUAGAUAUUCGAUUGUUGAUGGGUCAGAUAUUCCUCCAUCAAGUUCGUCACGGUUCAGUAUUGAUGCAGUUAGUGGUGCCGUCUCUGUAAUUGGUGGUUUGGACUAUGAAACAACCCAACAAGUGUUUUUUCAAGUUGUAGCAAGAGAUGGGGGAGAUUCGGAACAGCCAUCGAACCUAAGAACCACUUCAACUGUUACUGUUAAUGUGCAGGAUUCAAAUGACAAUGCUCCUGUUUUCAGUCCAGAUCCUUCUGAUAGAUCAUUUUCAGAAUUAUCACAGGUAGAUACUGCCUUAUAUAAUAUAUAUGCUGAAGAUGCCGAUCAGGGAGUAAACAAGAAAACUUCUUUUCGAUUCAUCAAUGGUAACAUUGGUGACACUUUCAAGAUUGUAUCGUUUCCAGCUGAUGAUGCAAAGAGCAGAGGUGAGCUGCAGCUAGCGAAGCCUUUGGAUUUCGAAAGUGGAUCAACUCAGUAUGAACUCACCAUUCAAGCAUAUAAUGAAGAUGCUGAUAACAGUGGUGUUUAUGUGGAUACUGCUAAAAUCAUAGUAAAAGUUAUUGAUGAGAAUGAGCCUCCAGUUUUCAUUAACACUCCGUAUGUGGCAAAUGUGGCAGAAGAAGCGGGUCUGCCAAACGAAGAGGCUCAACCAGUCAUACAAGUUACUGCUGAGGACUAUGACUUCAAUAGAAACCAAACUGUUUCUUAUUCUGUUAAUGAUCCUCAAGGAUGGUUCCAGAUUAACAGUGAAGAUGGGCAAGUUAGUCGUAUUGGUGUAAUUGAUAGAGAAGCUUCAGUGGUUAAGAAUGGUGUGUAUACAUUGAUUGUGGUUGCAACUGACAACUAUGACCACGGAACACCAAAAAGUAGAAAUGGUGAAGUUGCUGUCCAUAUUAGCGAUAUAAACGAUAAUCCUCCUGAAAUUACACUUUCUGCAGCUGAUCAGAAUGUAAUAAUAUGUGAAGAACCUCAAAACAGUACUGUCCUCGAAAUUCCAGCCCAGGAUCCGGACUCUACUGUUAAUGGACCACCAUUUACAUUUUUGUUUGAUUCAACUGUGGAUGAUAGUCGUUGGGAAUUUGCAACUGUUUCAUCAACAACAAGUAAGAUAGUGGCUCUUUUUACAGAUUAUAAUCUUCAGGGAGCACAGGAAGUGGUUCAGCUUCCUUUUACCAUUACCGACUCUGGUUCUCCAUCACAAACUGGAAGCGCGACUGUGACUGUUACAAUUUGCACAUGUAACUCUGAAGGGAGACCAUCGUGUGCUGGAGCAGCUGCUGCCGCAUUCCCUGUCGCAAUAAUCAUCGCUAUUAUUGCUAUUCUUCUUCUAAUAAUUAUUUUGAUUUUUGCACUGGUUGCAUACAAGCGCAGACAAGCAGCAAUGGUUUUGAAGGAACCGUUUUUUGAUGAUGAAGAUGAUGUGAGGGAAAACGUUCAAGUAUAUCAGGAAGAAGGUGGGGAGGAAGAUCAAGAUGCAUAUGAUCUAACUGCUCUUCGAGCGCCACUACUUGAAGACCCAAAUCAGCCAGUCAGGAUAGAAAAACCUCUGCAGCAAGCACCUAGACAACCUCGAGGUGUUCCGGAUGAUAUCGGCGACUACAUCGGAGAUGCUAAAGAUCAGGCAGAUACUGAUCCAAGUGCACCACCAUUCGAUUCAUUGCUUGUAUUUGACUAUGAAGGUGCAGGUUCGGAUGCUGGGUCUCUAUCUUCUAUCAACACUGCCACAACAGAUGGAUCGGCGGACUAUGAUUACCUCAAUAAUUGGGGUCCAAGGUUUAAGAAAUUGGCAAACAUGUACAAUGAUGGAUCAGACUCUGAAUAAGAAAUAGUAAUAUUGUGUGUGGAAAUGCAAUGAGUGCAGUUGGUUAGAAGAGGAGUAACACUUAAUGUCAUUGUGGGACAAUAAUUAUUUAACAUCUCAUGCAUAAUCCAUACAUCAUUGGUUUGGUAAUUCACCGAAUCUGAAUUAAAUUGAAUGAUGAACAUGGUUUUAGUGUGAUAUAUAUAUAUAUACACACAUACAGAAACAUAUUUUAUUUUCAUUUGCAAACGCCAUGAAUUUUAUAGUAAACUUUUGUGCAGCAUAUUUGGGAAUUCUAAUCUUGUACUUUAUGCUUUCUGCAAUUGUAACCAGGUGCUGCGCAAUUUGAUAAACUGUUGUGUUUACAUCAAUUUCCUUUGUUAGCGAUACCAUGUAUUUGUUACUUCAUUGCUUCUGAUGACAUGCGGGUAGGGUCAGGUGUGUGUAUUUCAGUUUCCAAGUGUGUAAACUCUGUGUGAAAUUAAGUUUUUUUAAGCAUUUUAGCUGUUUUUUUUAUAAGCAUUCUGGCUUUGUGUCUUGUAAAUCUGUAAAUGCUUUCUUCUAUUGGCUUUUACGUUAGCUAUCCAUUUUAUUUGUAUGUCGAGAGACCAAAUGAGUUAAGCGGGGGUAUUUUUUAAUGUACAUUCAUUCCUAGGUACUUUUUUAAUAUUAUUACUCAACAAAUGGUACGUACCAUCAACUGUUUUAUAUAAGUGAGUUGCUUCAAUCGUUUCGUAUGAUCAGACAUUACAUUCUGAUCGGAGUUGUUGGAUUUUGAACUGGUUUUUAUUUAUGUAUUAAUUCAAGCGGGAUUUUCGUCAGCCCACUGCUAUUAUGCUUAUUAUUAUUAUUGGCAGUAGAAAUAAAACAAAUUAGUACAUUUUGCCUAA